AUGACUAUCGCUCUUGUUCCUGGUAGUAAUAGUACUCCAUUGAAUUUACUUGAAUAUGAAGCCUAUGCAAAGGAAUAUUUACCAAAGAAUGCAUAUGAUUACUAUGCAUCAGGAGCUAAUGAGAUGAUAACACUAAGUGAAAAUCGUCAAGCUUUUAAACGUUUUAUUCUUCAUCCACGUGUCCUACGUGAUGUCUCAAUACUUGAUACAAGCACAAUCCUCUUAGGUCAUUCCAUUAGUUCACCCAUAUGUGUUGCACCUUCAGCAAUGCAUUGUAUGGCACAUCCAGAUGGAGAAAAAGCAAGUACAAUUGCGACAGCAAAAGCCAAUACGUGUUACAUCCUCAGCACAAUCUCGACAACAAGUCUUGAAGAUGUCGCGAAAGCUAGUCGGGAAGCUAAUUCUCAUGCCUUACGUUGGUAUCAACUCUAUGUCUUUAAGGAUCGAGAACUUACACGUGGACUUGUGACAAGAGCUGAAGAAGCGGGUUAUAAAGCCAUUGUCUUGACCGUUGAUACACCCAUGCUUGGUCAUCGUGAACCAGACGUACGCAACGGAUUUAGUCUACCGAAUCAUCUUACCAUGGCUAAUUUUACACAUAUUGGUGGUGCAUAUGAACACGGUGUCAAUGGUGUCAAGAACUCUGGACUGGCCAAGUAUGUCAGUGAAUUGUUUGAUCCGACGCUUAAUUGGAACGACGUCAAGUGGCUCAAGAGUAUCACGAAUCUUCCUGUUGUUGUCAAGGGUGUUCUCAGUCCAGAGGACGCUAAGAUUGCGGUCGAAAUGGGGUGUCAAGGUAUUUUAGUGUCAAACCAUGGUGCACGACAGCUUGAUGGCGUCGCAGCUACCAUUGACGCACUGCCUGCCAUUGUCAAAGCUGUGGAUGGUCGUGCAGAAGUUUACAUGGAUGGUGGUGUUCGUCGUGGCACGGACGUGUUCAAGGCUUUGGCAUUAGGUGCUCGCGCUGUUUUCCUCGGUCGUCCCAUUCUGUUUGGUUUAGCUCAUAGUGGUGAAGAGGGUGUCUCGAAUGUCCUUCGUCUUCUAAAUGAGGAGCUAAAGCACGCGAUGCUAUUCUCGGGUACAGCUAAGCUUGCUGACAUUGGCCCUGCUUACGUCCGACGUGAUGUGGCUCUGCUACCGUCAUCGCUGUAA